UGCUAGGAGAGCCUGCGGGGGCUCGGGGGGUACAAUUCCUCCGCCCCCGCAAAACAAUGUGUAGCGUGCAGCGGGACGCAACUUGCGGGAGGCGGCGGGGGCGCGCCGAACCCGCCUGAGACUGAGCCGCUGACCUCCCCCCGCCGUCCGUUGGGCCCGAGCGCCCAGCUCCUCGCUCCUCAGCUCGCGGGGGCCGGGCCGAGUUGUGGGGCGGGGCCGCCCCUCCGUCGCUGCUGCCUCCUCCCCCACCUCAGCCGCGGAGGAUGCGGACGGCCCCCGGCGGCGUCUAGCGGCCCCGGGCCCAGGCGCGAUGGUGCAGCAGCGGGGUACGCGGGCCAAACGGGACGGCGGGCCGCCGCCCCCGGGGCCCGGGCCGGCCGAAGAGGGGGCGCGUGAGCCCGGCUGGUGCAAGACCCCGAGCGGGCACAUUAAGAGACCGAUGAACGCGUUCAUGGUGUGGUCACAACACGAACGGCGGAAGAUCAUGCACCAGUGGCCCGACAUGCACAACGCCGAGAUCUCCAAGCGCCUGGGCCGCCGCUGGCAGCUGCUGCAGGACUCGGAGAAGAUCCCGUUCGUGCGGGAGGCGGAGCGGCUGCGCCUCAAGCACAUGGCGGAUUACCCGGACUACAAGUACCGGCCGCGCAAAAAGAGCAAGGGGGCGCCAGCCAAGGCGCGGCCCCGCCCCCCCCGGGGCGGCGGCGGUGGCGGCAGCCGGCUCAAGUCCGGGCCGCAGCUGCCCGGCCGCGGGAGCCGCCGAGCGGCGGGAGGGCCUUUGGGGGGCGGCGCGGCGGCGCCCGAGGACGACGAAGAGGACGACGACGAGGAGCUGCUAGAAGUGCGCCUGGUCGAGACCCCCGGGCGGGAGCUGUGGAAGAUGGUCCCGGCGGGGCGGGCCGCCCGGGGACCAGCGGAGCGCGCCCAGGGGCCGUCGGGCGAGGGGGCGGCUGUCACCAGCGCCUCCCCGAAUCCGUCGGAGGACGAGGAGCCUGAGGAGGAGGAGGAGGAGACCACGGCGGCGGCGGAGGAUGGCGAAGAAGAGACGGUGGCCACGGGAGAGGAGACGCUGGGCUUUCUGUCCAAACUGCCCCCGUGCCCAGCCGGCCUGGACUGCAGCGCCCUAGACCGCGACCCGGACCUGCAGCCUCCCUCAGGCACGUCGCACUUCGAGUUCCCGGACUACUGCACCCCCGAGGUCACCGAGAUGAUCGCGGGGGACUGGCGCCCGUCUAGCAUCGCCGACCUGGUUUUCACCUACUGAGCCCACCGUCAGCGGGGCGCGCAAGCCCCCAAACCAGCUGUUUACAUACAGGAAUCAGGUAUUGGGGCCCCUCGGAGGCCGAGGCUGGCACCCCAACUCCCACGCAGCCUCCCCCCUCCUAGACGUGCCCAUCCCCCUCGAAUCCAGACAUGCCCCUCCCCCGCAGACACACCCCAAGAGAGCCCAACCCCCACCCUUGCCCUGACAUUCAAGCCCCUCCCCGUCCUGCCCCCUCCUGCACAGCCACCAGCAGCCAGCCCCCCUCCGACACACCUCCCGUCCUUUCCUGCAAACCUGUGCCCCUCCCCCACUAUGCACUUGCCCUUCCUCGAGGCCGGAGGACACGCCCCUGCCCUUGCUCUGGGAUCCCUCCGCCUUCUCCUAGCCCGCCUCCUCUCUUGUUGGAGGGGGCGCUGGGGCCCGGCGGCCCCGCGCGCUGCUCCCAGGCCCCUCCCCUUCCAUGGCGGGGGGAGGGGCGCGCUCCUUUUUCUCCGGGAGCGCUGGGACCCGCCCCCUUCUCGCGCAUGCUUAGUGCUUCUUGGGAGGAGGGGGCUGGUCCCUCUGUCCAGCGCUGGGGAGAAGCGGGGUGGGUAUGGAGCUAUCCUGAGAAAUAUUUUGAUUCGGGAGCUGCGGCUUCCUUUCAACCCGACGGGGCGUCACUGCCUUAAUGGGAGGAGCACUCAGAAGGGGGAGAAAGGGACCAGCUGGUCCGAAAGUGUUGGUUUGGAACUUGGAACUGCCCCAAGGGGCAUAACCCCCUUUCGCUUACGGGGUCGCCCAGACCCACAUGCAACCUCCCCGCUCCCACCCCCCCACACACACACCGACUGCUUGAAUGCCUCUACAGCCUAUUUUGGUUUCCAGAAACCUCUCUUAAAUUCUCCUACCUGGGAAUUGGGGGUAGGGUCUUUUUCUGGAAAUUCACCAGGAGACAAAAGGGGCUACCUACCCAAGAAAACUCAGAACCAAGACACAUGCCAAGCUGUUUGGGGACAGGGCCCCUGCUGCUCCCCUCCUCCCCCGGAAGUGCCCUGUCACUCCAGGGCACACUCCCAGCCUGGGCGCCUCCUCAAGCCCACAGCCCCAUUCUGUCACCCAAGCUCCUCCGUGCCCACAGUGAUCGAUUUCAGUGGGAGAAACUGAGGCACGAAGCUACUAGGGGUUGAGACUGAGGCGUGAUAGCAGAUGGAGUGGCAAGAAGAGCCUCGUUUUUAAGCAGCUGACGUGAGAGAGACCAUGGACUGGACCAGUGAGCCUGGAGGGCGGUCAGAGCAGUGGAGGUGUGCCCCGUGCGCCUCAGUUUUUCCGUGAACAAUAGGGAUAGAGCUGCCGUAGGAGGAAGUUGUGUCCAGUUUCGGGUGCCUUCGGGACCCUGCCCCUGAUGUUACCCCUGUUACUCCAAUUCUUGGCUCAAGCCCCGCCCCUCCGGCCUCCCCCGACCCCCCUUGCCCUCACUACCUGUAUCUCACCGGCGUGUGUUCACCCUCCCAGGUGUGCACACACUCUCAUUCACACACACAAAUCUCAGGAACAAACGGUCCCAGAGUCCUCCGGGACCCCUGCCCAGGGUCUCUGCUGGUCUCUGCCCCACGCGUUCCCGUCGCUGACAAAGCCACCAGCUGCCUCCUUUACGCUUGGUGCUCCGGCUCUGGGCCUUUUCUCGCGCUCUCUCUCUCUCUCUCUUUCUCUUUCUUUUUUUAAGUAAAACAACAACAAAAAGACAAUGAAAACCCCCAGAAAACGUCAUGUGAGUGAAGAGAUGUCAUUGUCUGUGGUCUUGGAGAACUAGUCUAGUAGCUGAGGGGAGGGAUCCCUCCCGUCUGGGGCACUGGCACCCACAGCAGGACUUGAUGCCAGUCUGAUGCCAGGACUGAAUAAAGUGUAUU